AUGAGUGAAAUGAAUGUCGACAACGAAUCAAGGAUAAAUAGUAGCAAAAGUCUGAAAGGAAUGCGUCUUAACGUACCACGGGCAGUACGCGUGGGCCAUUCGGUGACUCUUGGUUGUGAGUACGACUUGGAGGGCUCCCCCCUCUAUUCAGUAAAGUGGUACCGGGACAGCGGUGAGUUCUAUAGAUAUGUGCCCAAGGAAGAACCGCCCACUAGAGUAUUUCCCCAGCCGGGACUCCAUGUUGAUGUGAGUGUGUCUGACGCCCACAACGUGACUCUAAUGUCGGUGGGACGCAACAUUUCGGGUUUAUUUCAAUGCGAAGUGUCUGCUGACGCGCCUCUGUUCCACACCCAAAUCAUGUCUGCGCCGAUGACAGUCGCAGAUGAUAAAAUCAUUGAAGUAGCAAAAGAGGCGGACGAUACAGAUUCAGAAGCUGACACAGACUCGGAAUUUGAUGGUGGCGAUGUCGAUGAUGUUAUUGCAACUGACUAA